CCCGCACUCGCUUGGCUUGCCUUUUCCUCUUUGCUAGUAAAUUUUUCAAUUUGUUGUGUCCUGGCGCUAGAUUUCUGCUUCAGCGAAGCCGGUGCUUACUCGUGAAGGAUUUGCGAAGUCGUGAAGGUUUCAAAGGAAUAGGAUUUUUCCAGUCUUGCUCUCCGAAAGCUCCAAAAACUGAAUGCUUGGAAUUACAGAUUCUUUCAAAGUUUUUGAAGAGUUUGGGAAUCUUGAUUCGGUUUGUUUAGGUUUGGUCGGGGACUAGGGACCAGGGUUGUAGAUUUUUUCUGGGCGAUGGGGGGAGGAGGGGCCGCGCAGGGGGAGGGCGAGGAUUUGCCGCAGGCAAAUGUGAAGCGCGUCGUGAAGACGAAGCUGCAGGAGCUUGCGUUGGGGCAUUAUGGUGAGGAGCGGGAUGUGUCUGUGAACAAGGAUGCGCUCCUCGCGUUCUCCGAAAGCGCCAAAAUUUUCAUCCAUUUCCUUUCCGCGACAGCGAAUGAAAUAUGUCGAGAAUCAAAGCGGCAAACUGUCAAUGCUGAUGACGUGCUCAAGGCGGUAGAGGAAUUGGAUUUUCCAGAAUUUUCUGAGCCUUUGAUGCGCUGUCUUGCAGCAUUUCGAAAGGACCAAGAAGCUAAGAAACAAGACAAACGUAAGAGUUCUGGUGCAUCCACGCCCAGGAAACGAAAGUCCGACGGAAAUUUUGUUGACGAUAACCCUGCUGCAAACGAAGACUACGAAGAUGGAGUGGCAAUGGCUGACGAUGAUGACACAACAGACAACUAAUCAUCCUCAUAUCCUGCGUAUGUGAUUUACUAAGGAUGCUCAUGCAGUUUGACACCAUCGACUUAAGACGAGGAGCAAGGAGGACUCUGGAAGUCUGUCUCCAGCUUCUUAUUCGAGUUGCAACACGCUGCCUCAUAAUUGGCUGUCCAAUUGGUGCUUGUGAUAGAUCUGCAUCUGCGUGCAUCCAAUGUUGUUGGUUAUUUUGGAACUUUGUCGAGUGGGAAGGGGCAUUGCUGAGGUGUGACCGCUCAUUCACGAAGCAAGUGGAGAAUGAAGCACUGUCCCAGCUUCAUAUGCUUGUUGACGCCAAGAGGAGCAGAAUGUGCACCUUCUGAGCAGAGUUAAGAGUCAAGGCAGUUGGUUGCCUGUGUAUAGUCUGUUUGUACGAAAAGAGGGGCUUGAUUCCAUAACUUUUUUUUAUGUUGUGACUCGUGUGGUUUGCGCUUCUCUAAUUUUCUCAUGUAACAAGAAAUGUUUCCAAGUUUUUCA